GUGUUAUUGAUAAUUGUUGGUUAACUUCGGUAGAUUUUCCUCAACCGCCCCAACUGACGACAAGAAGCACAAAAGCAAGGCAAACCAGCUUGCCAGCAUCCGCGUCGACAGAACCAAGCAAGCAAGCAACUCAAGCGCAGCAGUAGCAGCACCAGACCUCACUGCUUGUCCUCUCCUUUCCUUUCCUGUUCGUCGCAGGCACCAGCCACACCAAAGACUCAAUCAUGGCGCACCGUUACGACACACGCACAACCAUCUUCUCCCCAGAAGGUCGACUGUAUCAGGUCGAAUAUGCCAUGGAGGCCAUCAGCCAUGCAGGCACGUGCCUUGGCAUCUUGUCUUCCGAGGGCGUGGUUCUCGCCGCAGAGAAGAUCAGCACAGCCAAGCUUCUGGACAUGUCCUCCUCUGCAGAGAAGAUCUUCAAGCUUGACGAGCACGUCGCUUGCAGCGUUGCUGGUAUCACUGCUGAUGCCAACAUUCUCGUCAACUACCUGCGGUUAACUGCCCAGCGCCACUACCUGACGUACCAGGAACCCAUCCCACUGGAGCGUCUCAUCACCCUCGUGUGUGACGUCAAGCAGGCCUACACCCAAUACGGCGGCAUGCGCCCGUUUGGCACGUCGCUCAUCUUCAUGGGCUGGGAUCGCCAUUUCGGCUUCCAGCUCUACCGCUCAGAUCCAAGCGGAAACUUUGGCGGCUGGAAGGCCACAUGCACCGGCAGCAACAGCCAGUCUGCGGAGUCGAUUCUCAAGUCGGAGUACAAGGAGGAGUGCACGCUGGAGGAGGCGCUGCUGCUCGCCGUCAAGGUCCUGAACAAGACCAUGGACAGCACCAAGCUCACCGCCGAACGACUUGAGUUUGCGACGAUGACAAAGGACGAGAACGGGCGGCCCACAUAUUCCGUGCUGACGCCGGAGCGCGUUGGACAGCUGCUCAAGCAGGGCGAGGAGAUCCGCAAGCAGGAGGAGGAAGAAGAGAAGCGGAAGAAAGAAGAGCAGGCGCGCCAGGCGCGGGAGAGGAAGAAGGAGCUGCAGGCCAAGACAGGGCCCUCAUCCGCCUCGUCAUCCUAAACGCACCGUCUCCCAUGGGUGUGGCCAGCGUCGCCAUCGUCGCUGCUGCCCUGCCCUUUGCACACCAUCGCACCAUGCGUUCAGUGUUUUGUUUUCGUUUCUUUCUCCUUGGUUGUUUCCCCUCGUGGUUGGUGUUGUUGGCACGCGCAUCUGAUGUCAAUCAUGGGUGCGCACACGAAUGAAAUGAAAGGACAAAGCCUUGCAGGCAAUCGC